GAAAAGAUAUACAAGGGGUAGAACAAGAAUCUCUAGACAUAAGGCAAGCAACACAUUCGCUCUGCAUCCAGAGAACUGAAAUGGCGGCUGGUCCUGGUCCGGUGCCCGUGGAGGUCGAUGACUUGCCGGAAGGACUCCGAAGAGAUCUCCCCGGAAGGAUGGGAGGCCUUUGCGACCAACGAUGGGAGCAGCUACUUCUGCUUUCCUCAGGUCUACUACUACUGCCGAGCUUUGGAUCAGGUGCAAUGGAACCGACCCAGGCCUGAAGACGCACAGGACCCCUUCGUGGGAGAGACCAUCAACGGGAAACCGCCUUACCAGAAAGGUGAUGAGUUCAUCCCUGAUCCUCCGCCGCCCAUGCCGUAUAAUGGCCCGCUUGCUGACCAGAACUACAAGGCAUCCGCUGAGGAUCCUGAAGAUGUGUUCCAGCCAGAUGAGGACAUUUUGGAGGCAUGUAUCGAGUGCAACAUCGACAAAGUGAAGUCUGCCCUGGAAGAAGGCGCCGAUGUGUCUAUUCCGAACCAGCCUUGGCAGAACACACCUUUACACUUGGCCAACUGCCCGUACUUCUGGGAUGCUGACCUCAUGGCGAGGGAAAAGGCGUUGCGAUUUGAGAUCUCGCAGCAUCUUGUGCGCCAGGGUGCUGACCUGGAUGCCGAGAACAUAUUCCACUGCAAGCCGAUCGACCUGGCCAUUUUCCACGGCUACGAGGGCACUGUGCGGCUCUUGGAGGAGGAAGGCGUCAAGCCGAGCAUCUUCGGUGCUGCCUUCCAGGGGGACGUGGAGCGGAUCAAGGAGCUCUUAGAGGAAGGUGUCGAUCUUGAUUUGAAGGGACGCUACAGGCGGACGGCCUUUGCGGAGGCACAUCUGCGAGGCCACUUCGCUGUCGAAGCCUUCCUUACCCAGCAGGGCUGCAGCCGCGAACUUCCGCAUCCUGAACACUUGAAGUUCAACCCCGGCGGGGCGGCGAUUCCUCGCGGUGGCGUGGUGCCAAAGCGUGAGAAGCAAUACAUCCGAGAGGAGGAUGCAGAGUGGUACGAUGACAUGAUGGAGAAGCGAUUCCCUGGCUACAUGGAAAAAUUCAUGAAGGUUGGUAAAUAAUUUCAAUUAAAAAA